GAGUUGAAUCAGUGCAGUGCGACCGAAUACACCGAACGAGUUUGUAUUUAACUUGCGAAUAUUCAAUCGAACUCGGUUAUCUUAAUUGAAUGUGUCGAAUUAGCUCGUUUAAUAUUGUUCGGUAAUCGACCAAAUUGUGGCUUAAUUUAAUUAAAGUUGUGUAGGUGGUGGAGUGUUGUGACGGGAACAAUAUUAGGAUAACCACGGUUGAUUUUCGAAAUAGUGCAUGUGUUUAGACGUCACUGCAGGAAAGUUCUGGCGAUACAGAGUUGGACGACGUGUCUGCCAAAAUCCAGCAACUGCUGAACACGCUGAAGCGGCCUAAGCGUCGUCCAUUACCUGAGUUCUACGAGGACGACGACAUCGAGCUGGAGAUCGCGGCGAACCCCAAGGACCCCAAUGCCCCCAAGCCGGAGGGGGGCACCAUGACCCCCGCGGUGGGGGAACAGCUGGUGGUCCCCGCCGGACUGCCGAGGAACCUGGAGGCGGCCCUGCAGAGAUAUGGCACGGCGUCGUUCAAGGCCAACGCUGCGACGGUGCUUGAUCCGAAUGGGAAACUGAGCAGCUCGCUCACUUAUGGCAAGCUCCUUAGUCGCUCCCUGAAGAUCGCACACGCCAUCCUGAACAGGACCUUCACAACCAAGAGCAGCAGCGGUGGCCCCCUGAUUGGGGACAACUCCAUUAAGCCCGGAGACAGGGUGGCCCUGGUGUACCCCAACAAUGACCCCAUCAACUUCAUGUGCGCGUUCUAUGGCUGUCUCCAAGCGGGAGCCGUCCCGGUCCCCAUAGAGGUCCCCUUGACUAGAAGGGACGCUGGUCUCCAACAAGUGGGCUUCCUGCUGGGGUCUUGCGGCAUCCAGUACGCGCUCACCUCUGACGCUUGCUUGAAAGGUCUGCCAAAGACGUCGUCCGGAGACGUGGUCUCCUUCCGCGGAUGGCCGUCCCUGCAGUGGGUCUCUACUGAGAAGCUGCCGCGUCCCCCGCGCGACUGGAUCCCGCCUCCGCGCCCCGCUGAAGACAGCCCGGCCCAUAUCGAGCACACAUCUGCCGCUGAUGGAUCUGCCAUGGGUGUCAUUGUUACCAGAGCAUCGAUGCUGGCGCACUGCCGCAUGCUCUCUGUGGCUUGCAACUACACAGAGGGCGAGCACAUGGUCUGCGUGCUGGACUUCAAGCGCGAGACCGGGCUGUGGCACGCGGUGCUGUCCAGCGUCCUCAAUGGGAUGCACGUCAUCUUCAUCCCCUACGCGCUGAUGAAAGUCAGCCCGGCCUCCUGGAUGCACAUGAUCACCAAAUACAGGGCGUCGGUGGCCAUCGUGAAGUCACGUGACCUCCACUGGGGGCUGCUGGCCACUCGUGACCACAAGGAGAUCGCGCUGGGCUCGCUGAGGAUGCUGCUGGUGGCUGAUGGAGCCAACCCCUGGUCGCUGUCAUCUUGUGACCAGUUCCUGUCAGUGUUUCAGAGCAAAGGUGUGCGCGGCGAUGCAAUCUGCCCAUGCGCAUGCAGCAGUGAAUCUCUGACAGUGUGCGUGCGCCGCGCGGGGCGUGGCGGGUCUUCCGCGGGGCGUGGCGUGCUGUCCAUGUCGGGGCUUUCGUACGGCGUCGUCAGGGUGGACGCUGAGAAUUCGCUGACGUCAUUGACGCUGCAGGACUGCGGGCAGGUCAUGCCUUCGUGCGUAAUAGUGGUCGUGAAGAUGGAGGGUCCCGCAUUCCUCUGCAAGACCGACGAGGUUGGCGAGAUAUGCGUGCUCUCCGGAGCCACCGGGUCUGGCUACUGGGGCCUGCCAGGCCUCACCAACACCGUGUUUAGAGUGAGGCCGCUCGAUGCUGACGGCGACCCGAUAGGCGAGGAGCACUAUGUGAGGAGCGGAUUGUUGGGAUUCCUUGGGCCGGGUGGCCUGGUAUUCGUGUGCGGCUCCCGCGACGGCCUGAUGACAGUCACUGGCCGCAAACACAACAUGGACGACAUAAUCGCCACCGUGCUAGCCGUGGAACCCAUGAAGUUCAUAUACAGGGGGCGCAUAGCUGUGUUCUCUGUGCGCGUGUUGCGGGACGAACGCAUUUGCAUCGUGGCGGAACAGAGACCCGACUGUGGCGAGGAAGAGUCGUUUCAAUGGAUGUCCCGGGUGCUCCAAGCUGUUGACUCCAUCCACCAAGUGGGAAUAUAUUGCCUGGCGCUGGUGCAGCCCAACUACUUGCCCAAGACGCCUCUAGGCGGGAUUCAUCUCAGCGAGUGCAAGCGCCGCUUCCUGGAGGGCACUCUACAUCCGGCCAACGUCCUUAUGUGCCCGCAUACAUGCGUCACUAACCUGCCCAAACCAAGGGAGAUUCAUUCAGAUGUGGGCCCAGCUUCAGUGAUAGUCGGCAACCUGGUGCAAGGGAACCGACUGGCCUCGGCGCAGGGCCGCGAUAUGGGAUACACCGAUGACUCCGACGCUGCUAGGAAGUACCAGUUCAUAUCCCAAAUCCUUCGAUGGCGCGCUCAGAGUACAUCCGACCACGUGAUAUUCACGCUUCUCAACUCCAAAGGCGCCGUGGCCAAAGUUCUGACCUGCGCUGAGCUACACAAGAAAGCCGAGCGCAUCGGCAACCUCCUGCUAGAGAAGGGACGCGUGAAUACAGGAGACCACGUCGCGCUAAUCUUCCCCCCGGGACUCGAUCUCAUUUGCGCCUUCUACGGAUGCCUCUACGUCGGCGCGGUCCCGGUCACCAUCCGACCGCCGCACCCGCAGAACCUCCACACCACUCUCCCCACAGUCCGCAUGAUCGUCGACGUCAGCAAAGCCACUCUAGUCCUCUCCAACCAAUCUGUGAUAAAGCUCCUCCGAUCUAAAGAAGCGAGCAACGUUCUCGACAGCAAGGCGUGGCCGAUCACGCUGGACACAGACGACAUGCCCAAAAAGAAACUCCCCAUCCUGUACAGAGCGCCGACGGCUGAAAUGCUAGCGUAUUUGGACUUCAGCGUCUCCACAACCGGCAUGCUCGCCGGAAUCAAGAUGUCUCACGCGGCCGUCACAUCCCUUUGCCGCUCAAUGAAGAUCGCCUGCGAACUGUAUCCAUCCAGGCAUAUUGCGCUCUGUCUGGACCCAUACUGCGGCCUCGGAUUCGCUCUCUGGUGCCUGAGCAGCAUCUACUCAGGACACCACUCCAUCCUGAUCCCACCCUCCGAGGUAGAAAUCAACCCGGGCCUCUGGUUGAGCGCGGUCUCGCAGUACAAAGUCCGCGACACAUUCUGCUCGUACGGAGUCAUGGAGCUCUGCACAAAAGGCCUCGGAAGCUCGGUCAAUCAGCUCAAGUCGAAGGGAAUCAAUUUGGCUUGCGUGAGGACCUGCGUUGUAGUUGCUGAAGAGCGGCCGCGUAUCAACCUCACGAAUUCGUUCUCGAAACUGUUCUCAGCGCUGGGACUGAGUCCGCGCGCGGUAUCGACGUCGUUCGGGUGUCGCGUGAACAUCGCUAUCUGCCUCCAAGGGGCGUCUAGUCCGGAGCCGUCUACGGUUUACGUCGAUCUCAGGGCUUUACGGAACGACCGCGUGUCGCUGGUAGAACGCGGCAGCCCGCACUCGCUCUGCCUGAUGGAAUCUGGGAAACUGCUUCCCGGCGUAAAAGUGAUAACCGCGAACCCAGAAACUAAGGGGCAGUGCGGUGACUCCCAUUUGGGUGAAAUUUGGGUGCAGUCGCCUCACAACGCGAGUGGGUACUUCACGAUAUACGGAGACGAGAGCGACUACGCGGACCACUUUAGCGCUCAGUUGGUGACGGGUAACACCGGGGAGGUGUACGCUCGUACUGGCUACUUGGGUUUCCUGAGGAGGACGGAGAUCGCUGUGAGCAGUGGUGGGGAUGAGUCACUCCUGCGGGACAGCGACACUGAGUCUUUGGUGUCUGGUUGCGGGAGCGUGGGAGCGGCUGACACUCAUGACACGCACGACGCGGUGUUCGUGGUGGGGGCUCUCGACGAGACCAUCAUGCUCCGCGGCAUGAGAUACCAUCCCAUCGACAUCGAGAACUCCGUGAUGAGGUGCCACAAGAAGAUCGCUGAGUGCGCUGUGUUCACCUGGACCAAUCUGCUAGUAGUCGUGGUGGAGCUGGACGGCAACGACAGCGAGGCCCUCAACCUGGUCCCACUUGUCACCAACACGGUCCUCGAAGAACACCAUCUCAUCGUGGGAGUGGUGGUGGUGGUCGACCCAGGAGUGGUGCCGAUCAACUCCCGUGGGGAAAAACAACGCAUGCAUCUGCGAGACGGAUUCCUCUCGGACCAAAUCGACGCCAUCUACAUAGCUUAUAACAUGUAAGGCAGGCGGUCCGUGGCCGGCAGGGCACGGAGAAAACGCUAACCAGUUUGGGUUUUGGUGGUUUAGAUUGGUUUGUCGUGUGGUUUGAAGUGGUUUGCUAUCUCUUGAAUUCAGAAUAGUUUUCAUUGGUCCUUGAUGUGUGUCUGUAGCGUUAUACUGUCUUGUAGCUGACAAAUCAAAAUGAAAGUACAUAAACCAUUCAUGGACAUGUUCGUCUAUGACUGACAUAAUAAUUAUUGUGUAUACGUAAUACUCAUGUAGAUUGAAUAUUUUAUUAAAUCUGGUCUUUUAAUAGCAGUAAGUAUAUGAAAGAGAUAGUGAAUGAACUUCAUCCCGAUCAAUUUAAUCAAAUUUUUAUGCAGUUUGAAAAAAAUCUUAUGGCCAGAGAAUUUUUGAAGAGUGCAAAUCAAUGAUCAAUAGGUGUUGCGCACGUAUAUACGCGUAUGUGUAAUUAAAGGGCGAUUCGUUAUUUGUAUGGUCGUCGAUUGUAUCUCAGCAGAAAUCGACAAUUUCUUAAAGAUUUUGGUCGAGCUGUACUCGAAUACGGUAAAGUUUUCAUGUUUACGAUAUUUACAUAAUAUAUUAUGACUCUGGCCCUUAACCAGAAUGUCCUAGUAAUUAAUAGCACCAAAAUUUCGAACUGCGUCCUCUAAUAUUUAGGCAAGCGCUUUCUGUGUAACCUUUGCACGGCAGUGUGAAUAGUGGCCACUAUAUUGAACCUUAUUGACAUUUUCUCGUUUGAAAACUAAUAGAAAUAUUAACUUCGUAUGCCGUAUGAAGGGUCGCCUGGCGUAAGCCGUGCCCGCGACCGCCCGGCCACAGCUCUCCUCAGAACCCACCAUUUUCCCAACGGUGGUAUUUUCUAUCGUAGGAUCCAUGUAUUAUAUUUCGACUGUCUUUUAGACUUUUGAUGAUUUUGUAUCUGCACUUUGUACUUCGAAUUUUUCCAUUAACAAAAGCUACUAAAAGAAAAUUUUCUUCGAUGUAUCGAAUGAACGAUUUAAGACUGUACGCUAAUUAUAAUUUAGCCUUGUUUUUAAUGCUAACAUCGGCAUUGCCCAGGCGAAGACUGAUGGAAGUCUGAAGUAGGCGUUGAUUUGUUACCUUAGUGAUGUUCCGAUUGCUCUGAUUGUAUGCGAGUUGUAGGAGAUAUGACCACGGGCGGAGAUUGCUGCGAGUGAGUCGUGCGGCGCUACUGUCCUACUCGAAUAAUCGAUCUAUCCAAAACACCAAUAGAAAACUUAACUACUGACCUAAAUUGACAGAUGUUACCAUAAUUUGUUAUGAGAAUCUCACAUUCAAAAAGCAUUGUUAUUUGCUAGGCUUCGAAACCCUGAUAUAUAGACCUAUCGAAAUGUAUGUUUAGCUAUCGAAAGCGAAGAUUUUUCACAAAAAAAUACCAAUCUAUGGUCUCUAUAAGUCUCUUUUGUUCAUGCCAGUAUAUUAGGGUGUGUGACGGGGAAUAAUAGAGCUGAAUGUUGGUAAGUUUUGAGGGAAUUCAAAUCUGAAUUGAUAGAUUUUACGACAUUUCGAUAUUAGUCGAUGAUCGAAUGGACGGUAGCGCUCGCGCCAAGCUGCGUCCGAGUCACAUGAGGACCAGCAGCUUGUAAUGUUUUUAUUAUACACAAUUAUAUUGUUGUGAUUUUAUGAAUCAAGUAAUUUCUAAUGCUAGUGCGUAUGUAAAUGUAUUACAAGAAGUAAUAUUAAACAUAGUGUUAGUUAUAUAAUAAAAUCAUUUGCAUUUAAUGUGUUGAUCAAAUGUUAGUUUUGUCAAAUUAAUUUUUAUCGUUGACAAUAAAAAAAUCAAACCGUUCGCUGAUAAUUUUACCGCUUAAUAUGUUAGACAGUUCGGUGUCCGACGUUUACAUUUUAGGGUUUUGAUCAAUAUGUAGAGUUAAUGGUUUUUAAAGAAUUUUACAAUAAUAUCACAUUUUUCCGAUAUGAAUGUCUCAGUGUUGAGUAGGAAGCACAAAUAUAUUCGGUGUUCUGGCAUUACAAUUAACAUUUCUCCGGUAAGUCUCUCGGGACACUUGGUGUUAGACUCCGUAGUGUUUACUAUUAGUAUUUACAUUCAAAUGUGACUGUUUGUUCUACUUUGCUGUGACACGGUAUAAACAAGUUAGGAGUUAUAAGGGAGUGUGGUCCGGCUGAAGUGUGGUACAUAAUUAGUUAAACACGCGGAAUUAAGUCAAUGGUAAUGAUAAAUAAUAUAGUUUAACUUGCAUUUAAUACAUCGUGUAUCAUUGACAUUUCUACAACAGAGACAUGACGUAACGACCGAAACGUACCACACUUCAAUUUAAAAAGGUAUUUUUGUGAGCGUCUAAUACAGAGUUACUCGACCUUUUUAGAAUAGAUAUAACUGAGGCGUUAGUAAAACGGCGUACAAAAUCCUGGAAGCCGCAGGUUGAGUAAGACUGGUCUAAUGUUACCUGGUACCGAUUGCUCAUCUUAUGCUAUAGAUUUGAUCUUGACUAGUGCCAAAAUAUAAAUUAGACGCGCACAAAACUGGGCGUAGACAUCCAGUGAUAGACAUUGUGGACUAUUUAGCCAUGUAUACCAGUUUUGAUUAAUUAAAUAUAACUAAGUGUAACUAAUAUAUUACAGUGUUCUUUCAUGUUAAGCUCUUAUACGUUUCGUUACGGUAUUUGAUGAGGAAUCUGUUUUAAUUUAACGAUGUUUGUAAAAUGCGUUAGUACCGACAAUUUUGAGUUUUUGAACGUAUUUAUGCCAUGCUUAAUGCACGAAAUAUUGAUUCAAAAUGUACCUACACAACAUGAUAUAAUACUGUUUGCAUCAAGUAUUUAUUAUAAUAAUAACGCUCUUAUCAUUUUGGUUAUAGUUUGCUCUUUAUUGAUCCAAAUAUUUAUUUGUUAUAUUAUCUUUUGUCACCAUGUUAAGUUUCCUUAUAUCAAUUUAGUCCUGCUUUAAUGCAAAAUGCAUGUCCUAAAUGUCCUAAUGUAUGUAUUCACAAGUAGGAAAUACAUAAUUAUUCUCUCUAUUUACAAGGUGGAAAGAAUAGGAUUCCACAUUUUCACAAUUUAAUGACAUGGUACGUAUUAAAAUUAUGUUGUUACUGGUACAUUUUUGAUCACAGAAUUUUAUGUUCCGGUGUUGGCAUUGAAAAACUACGGUAUAGAUGAACUACACUGAACUGUCCCACCAAACUCAUUGACAGGGAGGCGCCACCAUCGUUCAACUUAUAGUUUCCAACAUGGCAACAAUCGGAGCCAGCGAUCCGGUAUUGACGGUGGCGCCCCCUGUCAAUGUCACUGGUGGGACGGUUUGUUGUAGUAGUAACUAUAAUCACGGUAAUAAUAUCAUACAGUAUUGUAACUUCAUAUAAACCGACGAAACGCGAGCUUUCCUUUGAAUUUCAAAUCUCGGGACGUGGUCGAAAUCCAAAAGUUAGGGGUGUCGCGAAUGUGCCGAACGGAGACGUCGAUGGCCUAGUGUUGAAAAUGACUAAGGUGAUUGAAUUUGACUGACCGUCAUUUACGAUCUUGGUCAAAAACUAGUCAUUAACUGUCAGAAAUUGUCAUUUUCAGUCUGUUUGAUUUGAAAUGAAAAUUAUAUAUUGUAUAAAACCAGCUUUUGCCAACGAUUUCGCCCGCCUGAAAUUAAAGUAACAGGUCAUUAAGUACUCAUUAUGAUUAGUAGAUUAAAAAUUAUUUUAGUAUAUUUUUUUAAAUUAAAUCUACUAAUCACAAAACAACACGCAUUUUUAUCUUAUUCCAUUCACAAAGUAUUUUGUUUGUCUAAAUAAAAAAAAAUUACAAUCACAAAACUAGAUAGAAAUUCUAAGUAGACAGAUGUAAUUUUAUUAGAAUGGGUACUGUAGAUAAGCAGCCCUAUCGCAUGUUGUCAUACCGUGACGUACCGCGGGGCUGUUGACAUUUUUUUUCAAAAAUAUGGCCGAGUUGGAAUACUGUAUAGAUAGUAUUACCGUGCUAUAAUGUGCAUUGGUACCAUUUAAGCCAUUAAAAUACACUUAUUUAUUUGGAUUUGUCAUUACGUCCUCAAGAUCCAUUCAACAUUGCGUGUGAUCCAGAGAUACAAUCAAUGGUUGCUGCAGUGUAAUUAAUUAUUUGUAAUACAUAAUUAUGUUAUAAUAUUAAUGCUUAUUCAAUCAUAAUUUUGUCAAUAUUUCAUUCCACAAAAUUUCAAUUAUAUGAACAUUUAUGGCAAAUUGAAUUUAUUGUCACCAUAUUAGAUUUCAUUAUUUACUAUUCUUUUAUUAUAUUUUGUAAUUAUUUAUUGCUAAAUUGUACAUAUUUUUGUUAUUUAAUUUUACGUUUAAUGAUUCUGUAUUAGCUAUAUCAAUGUUGUUUUGACGAUGCUGUAUCGAUAGAUAAGGUUAAGGUAUAAUGUGUAUCGUUAGCUGAUUUCAUAUUAAAUCGAUGUAUCAUUUAGUUCUUUAUAAAGUUUAAUUUGUAUGGUUAUUUCAAAAUGUAGUCAUCUUACUGGAUAAGUAUAUAAGUAGUGAAAUAAACUCAGUUUUCUGAACAAACAUUGUCUUAUUUGUAACCGUUAAUCGUGCAAGUCAUAAUGUGUGAGGUUUGCUCUAGGUCUUGGCACAGCGUUACUCACACGGGGGCUGAGGGUACCUUACGCUUACUCGGUAUUUCUACUACUUUGAUCAGUCGUAGAUGUGACAAAAACCAAAAAAAUAUUAAUAACUCGAUUGGAUUCUAUAUAAUUUUUCAUCACACAUCGCUUGUAGAUUGAUCAGAAGGUUCAUGUUUGCUGAAUCUAGUCUUAGCAAUUUUCCCAUAAUGCAGUCCAAGAGAUGGGACACGCCUCAACGUCGAUGCUCAAAACUUAGUUAAUUACAUGACUGUUUUGAAUUUAGAUUGGAUUUUUAUAACCUUCCUGUAAGUCGAUGUAGUCGCCAAAGAAUGUUCGGACCUUAAGGAGCUUCAACUUUGUGACUUGUAUUAUUUUAAACAAUAAAUAAAUAAACACUA